ACUGCUAAAGGAUAGUUCUUUAUGCUGGAUUCUUCAGUGAUGAAACACAGAUAGAAGACAGAGCUCAGGGCAGCCAAAGAAGACUAAAAGAUGUCCUGAUUCCGAUGGAACAUGCGCUGAAUAUCCAUGAAGUCCUUUGAGGGAAAUCAAAAUCUUUGGUCUCUCUCUUUUUUUUCCUAUUUUUUUCAUGUUUUCUUGAGCUCUGCGAUGACUCUGGAUAUGUGGACUCUCAGAGCACUUUUCCUGCUUCUCUGGUUUUCAGGGGGCUCCUGGUGCGAAGAUUGCAAUAUGACAAAAGUGUAUUUUGAGUCCCGCAAUUUUCACAGCAGGCUCCACUGGGAUGAAGUGAAAAUCCAAGGCCGAGAAGUUCGCUACACCGUCAGAUAUAAUGAAUAUGGAGAAACACCCACGCUGAUGACUGAAUGCCAGAACAUCUCUGAAACUUUCUGUGAUCUCAGCUCUGUGAUGACGGACAUCCGCUCUAAAUAUUUCGUCAAAAUCAUGGCUAACGAGUCAUGCCUUGGCGAAUUGAGGCAUUUAGUGCUCUCAGAAAAGCCUUCUCUGGAAGCUCCAACGCUCUCCGUGGAAACACUCGAGUCCUCUCUCAUCGUAACACUCAAAACUCCCAUGGGGCCCCAGAACCGCUCAAUUCAGGAGAUCACUUGCUUCGAAAUGUGCCAUAAAUCUGGGCAAUCAUCUGUUAAUUACUUUGUCAGUCUCACACACCCGAAGUCUGAAGCUGGAAAGAAGUAUGAGAACGAGACUGGGACGAUCACACUGAGUCAUUUAGACGCGAACACCGAGUACUGCGGUGUCGUGUACUACAAGCUCACACAUCCCUCCAUAAAAGGCCAGAGUGAAAACACCACCUUCUGUAGGACUUUGCCAGCUGCAGCUAAGCCCUGGAUUCCUGUCUUCAUCGUGUCUGGGUUGGUGGCUGUUUUUCUCCUGAUCACCUUUGCGCUGAUAUUGUGCCAGCAGUACGUCACAAGGAAAAGGAACCUGCCCAAGGCGCUGAUCAUGUCGAUUAAUCCCCCUCCUAUUUUCAAGUUGGAGCCCAAAUUGGAGAUAACCAACGUGAAGGUAUACCCUGCAUCUCAAUGGAAUGGCAAAAAAUCGGACCUUGCCUUGCCUGAUGUCCUGAGGAAGUCGAAAGCUGUGAGCCCUGCAGGUUACGCAGCCCAAGACUACCGUAACCAAGACUGGCACAGCCAUUCAUACACUAAUGAACAGGUGGGACCAGUCAGUGGCCAGAGUGCUAGAUCCUUUACUAGUUAUAGCUUGGUGAUGGGCAGGAAGGAAACCUGGGAUCGAGGGCAGUCCAGUUGUGAUAUCGACAGUGGGUUAGGAGACUCCAUAAGCCCUGACUUGUCUCCUUUAACAGAAGAGGAUCUAUUCCAGGUCACACCUCCUGCAGAACCAGGAAAAGACCUGGGCAUGAUAAAGCCAGACUCCUUGAUGCUGCCAGUGUCACGUGGUGUCAACGGGAAACUGGCGUUCUUCGGCUUAGAAUUCCCCAACUCAGAGAUCACACCUCUUGCGGCGAGUGGAGAGAGGACUCUUUUGCUGACAGAUCUUGUCUCUCUGGAUGAGUCCAACUGGCCAGACAAUGGAUCAAGUUUGGAUUACAGGAAAUCCUAUUUACCAAAUGGUGUUCCUCCGAGCUGCUUGGAGAUACACUCCACUGAAACUAUUUCCAAAGUCCUGUUAUCUGACUUUACAGCAAACUAUAGAGAAAACUGGGUACCAGGAAUCCUACCAGACCCCCUGGAAUAUAACAGGAAGUGCAUGAUAAGUGACAUUAUAUGUGAUAAUCAGCUUCAUGAAUUGGCUGAACCAGAACAGAAUGUAGGUGAAUCACCACCUCAACUUAAAGCAAACUUUUUAGGUGAAUGGAUGGUGCAAAUUCAAGGAUAGUAUCCUUUUUUCCAAAGCAUUUGCUCUGACUCUUACUCCUGGUUAAAAAAAGUAUUGCUUAGCCAUCAAGAGUCACGUUUUUAAUGAAGAAUCAAGUCUGCACACAGGGCAAAGGACAUAUUUAAAAUGCAGAACUGUGCUUUUGGCAAGGUAUGAGUCUCAGAAGUUAGGUAGAAGUUGGACAUCAGGAAGGGUGAAGAAGACUGAGACAGCUCUCGGCGCUUGCUAAUGAGCAGAGAACAUUUCCCAUAUGUCUCAUGUCUCAUAUCUGUGGGCUUUGUAGUGGAACUCACAGUUAAGCCUAUAGGAUUACAGCAUCACUUCAUUCGGUGUUUAAGAUGCUCCAGCACUUCUACUCCACAUCUCAGCUCCAGCUCAUUUGCCAACAAUCAAACAGUUGAAGUGAGCAAGUUGAACUUAAGUACGCUGUGCGGUAAAGUAGCAGUAAAUUGUGUAAAACGUGACGAAAACUGGUUUACUUGCACCAAAGAUAUGUCGUUAAUAUUUUGUAGUUUGACUGAAAUACAGUUUAUGGCCAAAAGUAUGUGGACACCUAGCUAUACUGUAUAAACAAAUCUGCUCAGUGAAUAUCUCCCACAACUACCUCCAGUCUUCUGGCGAGCCUUUCUCCCCAUUUAACUGCAAGUUAUCAGGCACUGAUGUUAAGCAAAGACGUUUGGUAAAUCCUGAUCCAUCCCUUAAGUGUUCAGUCGGGUUGCAGUCAGGGCUCUGUGCAGGUCACUUGAGUUCUUCCACUUUAAACUUGGCAAACCAUGUCAUCGCUUUGUGCACAGCAGCACUGCCAUGUUAAACAAGUUUGGGUCCUUCUAGUUCUAGUGAAUAGAAAUCUUAACGCUUAAGCUUACAAAGACAUUCUUGUGUUAUGCCAUUGUAUGACGAGAAUCAGGAAUCAGGUCUCUACAUACUUUGAUCACAUGGUGUAGCUAUGGUAGCACUCGAAAAUCUUGUCAACAUAAUUGGAAUCUAACUAAGUGGGAAGUAUGUCUUAUUUAGAUUUAAUGUAUUAAUUUCCAGAUUUGACAAGGAAGCAAUCUCUGAAUGUAAAUUGACCUCCUGUUAUUCAGUGAAACAAUGCCCAAAGCUCAAAUCGAGAACAUUGGCAUAUAAGAAUGGAAUAAGCACACAAUAAAAAAGGAGAUGUUGUUGAUGCGAUUACUUUUGAAUUAAACAACAUGUUAGUUGGUUGUUAAGACUUACACCAAUCAACCAUGACAUUAAACCCCAAAACAUUUCACCCAAUAUUGUGCCAUCAGAGCAGCUCUACCUCCUCUGGGGGUGUGCUGUGGUGUCUAGCAAUGGGACAUUAAUGGCCAAUCAUUUGGGUGCUUUGAGUUGCGGGGCGGGGCAUCCACUGAACAGGCUUGUUUGUCCAGCUCAUUCCUUCAAGACUCAAUCAGAUCGAGAUCUGGGGAAUGUUGAGGCUGGAUCAACCACCUUAAACUCUUUGUCUGCUAAGCCAGGCUCUGGUUCACUGGGUGUUCUGGUGCCUUUUUAUUGCUUUCCAUAUUUUCAGCAGUUUGUUCAACUUUUCUACAGGAUUGAACCAGACAGCCUAGCCUUUGCUCCCCGCAGACAUAAAUGCCUUGGUUGCGGCGAGCAAACCUGGCCAGUUUACCGAUUUAUAAUUAAUAAUCAGUGUUAUUCAACUUACCUGGCAGUUUAGUUAGUGUUGUGGCUGACGGGUGUAAAUUGUACAAAUUGUCCUUAGGUCUAUUGUGCCAUUUGGGCGUGCCUGUCUGGCAUUACACAGCUAGGACAUUAUCUCGUACAAAUCUCACGAGCCAGAUUAAGAUUGUUAAGAAUCUGAGAGCCGAUGAUAAUGCUAGUUAGAUACACUAAAUGUAGGUUCAUGCCUGUUAUUCGAAUGAGCUUUGGAUGAUCUCUCACCUGGCUCACAGUAAUGACUUGCAAGGCUCAAGAGUUGUUCUUUAAUUUGGCGAAUUAUCUGUUUAUUACUUUAUCUUGAAGUUUUUAAAAGUCAGUGUUUUAGUAGUUUUCUAAAACUAUUUCUAUCAGUCUCUCUAAGCUUCCCUUACUGUACCUCAUCAUUGCAGCGCAAAACGUUGCACUUGCAUUGCAAUCUUUAAACAUUGUUAAACUUGUUCUACUACACUCAUAUUUUUAACUUUCUUGUU